AUGAGCACCAAUAUAGACAUUUCGAAUGAAAUAAACUCUCCUAACUACAAGAAACAAACGAAACUGCCGUGUGUUCAUAGUUUAUCGUCUCUCAUAAAAAACCACACUGAGCAAGAUAUGCAAAAAGUCAUUCAUAGCAUCAAGGUGGGAUUUGCUUUAGUUUUAGUUUCACUUCUUUAUCUCCUUGAUCCACUUUUUGAGCAAGUCGGUGAAAACGCCAUGUGGGCUAUCAUGACUGUUGUGGUUGUCUUUGAGUUCUUUGCAGGCGCCACAUUAAGCAAAGGGUUACUACGUGGACUUGGAACUAUACUUGGAGGUGGGUUAGGGUGUUUGGCAGGAAUCGUAGCGGACAACUUCGGAAAGAUUGGGAAUGCAGUCGUCAUUGGUUCUUCAGUGUUUGUUUUAGGUGCUACGAUGACAUAUUGUCGACUGAUUCCAAGAAUAAAAAAGAAAUGUGAUUAUGGGUUCAUGAUAUUCAUCCUCACCUUUAAUCUAGUAGCAGUAUCUGGUUUGCGUGCUGAUAAAGUUAUUGCAUUAGCCCGUGAACGUCUCUCAACAAUUGGCAUGGGUUUUGCGGUCUGUGUAUUCACUAGUUUACUCAUAUUUCCAAUGUGGGCUAGUGAUGAACUUCAUCGUUUGACAUCCUCUAAGUUCGACAAGCUAGCUUGCUGCAUUGAAGAUUGCAUGAAAGCCUACUUUAGUGUAGUCAAUGAAAAUGAAAGCAUGCCAAGAAUGAAUUUCGGGGAUUGUAAGACAGUAUUGCACUCCAAAUCAAGUGAUGAAUCAUUGGCAAAUUUCGCAAGAUGGGAACCCUGGCAUGGAAGAUUCGGACUGUGUUACCCUUGGGAAAAAUAUAUACAGAUAGGAGAGCUAAUGAGGGAAAUGGCUUCAAUUAUUAUGUCUAUGCAAGCGUGCCUUGAAUCACCAUUACAGCCCUCAACACCGUUACAGCAUGUAAUCAAAGAGCCAUGUAAAAAUGCCGGGUUGUCACUAGGACUAACAAUGCGUGAGCUAGGAAAAAGUAUCAUGAAUAUGAAACCAUGCCAGGCGAAAACCGUAACAGUGCCAAAGUUGCAAGCCAUUAAACUUGAACUUAUCGUACUUUCAACUUCAUCAAAGCUAAAAGGGGCUGCAAAUGUUGAAUCUAUAGCCGUAGCAAACUUCUUGUUUCUUUUAAUGAAGAUUGUUGAUAAAGUGGAAGUACUUGCACAAGAAGUGGAUGCACUUGGAGAGGUUGCUGGUUUUCAAUCCAAAUAGCCUAAAAAAACUAUAAGUAUGAUGACGCGAGUGUCUACAUACAUACUUGUAGAAUGUAUGAACGAAAGAAUAACUAGUUUGGGUGGACAGGCGCCAUAUGGUGAAUAUUAGAGAUCCAUUUUGUACUUUGGGUGUUUAGUAGUGAUUCCAACGAAUAGUAAUCAUGGAUCACAUAGUUACGGUGAAAACCGAUCUAACGUAAUAAUUAGCUUUUAGGUGUCUUUAA